CUGCUUAAAAAUACUAUGUGAAGUUAUAAUAUUGUGACAUUACGACUGUAAAAUUUUAAUACCAUGAUAUUCUUUUUCGAAAUGCAAUAACUAAACUAACAAUAGCAAGAAAACGUAUCGUAUCGGGCAAUCGAUUUUAAAGUAAUGGCAAUAUUUCUAUCGACAUCACAGCUGUUCGUGUUCGUUUCGUCUGCCUGUGUUCUGUGUCGCUUGAUACGAUUUUAUUUUAUUAAUUAGACAGUGAGUGAAAUUCCGUUUUCCUAACGAUUUACAGGGAUAAUAGAGCUACCACUAAAUAUAUUUAUCCUUUAGAGAUAGUGUGCCAGGUGCUAUCUUAUGUAGACGAUCGUUUCGAAGAUCAUCGCGAAAGUAACUCAAAUACUAUGCCUCUUUUUGGUAAGUCUCAAAAGAGCCCUGCGGAGUUAGUGCGAUCUUUAAAAGAUGCUGUAACUGCGCUAGAAAGAGGUGAUAAGAAAGCAGAGAAAGCUCAAGAAGAUGUGAGCAAGAAUUUGGUUUUGAUCAAGAAUAUGCUUUAUGGUACAUCUGAUGCGGAACCACAAACGGACAUCAUUGUAGCUCAGUUGGCACAGGAGCUGUACAACACAAAUCUUCUCCUUCUAUUGAUUCAAAAUUUGAACCGCAUUGACUUUGAAGGGAAAAAGGAUGUGGCCCAAGUGUUCAAUAAUGUUCUGAGACGUCAAAUCGGCACCCGGUCCCCAACAGUGGAGUACAUAUGUACCAAGCCAGAGAUCUUAUUCACCUUGAUGUCAGGAUAUGAACAUCAGGAAAUAGCCUCGAAUUGUGGUACUAUGUUGCGGGAAUGUGCUAGAUAUGAAGCCCUAGCUAAGAUAAUGUUGUAUUCAGAUGACUUUUACAAUUUCUUUCGUUAUGUAGAAGUAUCAACUUUUGAUAUUGCCUCAGAUGCCUUUUCUACUUUUAAGGAAUUAUUAACUCGUCAUAAAAUAUUAUGCGCCGAGUUUUUAGAAGCCAAUUACGAUAAGGUGUUUAGCCAUUAUCAGCGAUUACUGAACUCUGAAAACUACGUUACGCGACGGCAGAGUCUCAAGUUGCUAGGAGAAUUGCUACUUGAUAGACACAACUUUUCUAUAAUGACACGCUACAUCACAAACCCUGAUAACCUUAAGCUGAUGAUGAAUAUGUUAAAAGAGAAAUCCCGUAAUAUACAAUUUGAGGCCUUCCAUGUUUUUAAGGUGUUCGUAGCCAACCCAAAUAAACCAAAACCAAUUCUGGACAUUCUGUUAAGAAAUCAGGACAAGUUGGUAGACUUCCUAACCAAGUUCCACACAGAUCGUUCCGAGGACGAACAGUUUAACGACGAGAAAGCUUACCUAAUAAAGCAAAUCAAAGAGCUCAAGCCAUUAGAACACUAACAUUUA